AUGUCGCAGUGCGUGAGCUUUUACACCAUUAUCGUGGCACAUUCCUACACAACCCUUAAGUCGACAGGUUUCCCAUUGGGUGUGUUGCCGAGUUCACGAUUCACAAUGAUACCUGCGCAAGUCGUUAUCGAUAAGAAUCCGUACCCGGAUCACGUUCUGGACGAGUUCAACAGAGAUUGGAAGGGAUUCGGCGACUCUGAUGGGCUCUACUCGACGGACCAGGGAGAUACCGACGUGUACUUCAACUCGUACUCGUACAUUGGAAUCCACGAGGAAAUGUUAAAGGACUCGGUCAGAACAGGAAUCUACUACAGGGCCAUCAUGAGCAGCCAGCACCUGUUCCGCGACAAGGUCGUCAUGGACGUGGGCUGCGGCACCGGCAUCCUUUCGCUCUUCUGCGCCAGAGCUGGCGCCAGGAAGGUGUACGCCGUGGACAACAGCAGCAUCAUUGGCCUCGCCCGGGAAAUCACGGAGAUGAACGGCCUUUCCGACCGGAUUGUGUACAUUAGGAAGCGGGUGGAGGAGCUCGGCGACUCGAUUGAGCCCGUCGACGUCAUCAUCAGCGAGUGGAUGGGCUACUUUCUCCUCUACGAGAACAUGCUGUCCUCAGUGUUAUUUUGCAGGGACAAGUAUCUCAAGCCUGGCGGCCUCCUUUUCCCUGACAGGGCUCGCAUCUUCAUUUCCGCCAUAGAGGACGCGGAGUACAAGGGGGAGAAGUUUGACAAGUGGGACGACACUUACGGCCUCGACUUUUCAAUUAUGAAGAACUACCUCAUGGAGGAGGCCGUCGUCGACGUCGUCGAUGAAAAGGCUCUCGUCACGUCUUCAUCGUGCAUACUGGACAUUGAUCUUAACACUUGUUCCAUUUCUGACACUGAUUUUUGUUCUAAUUUUGUGCUGGUUUCUGAUCGGAGGGACUACGUUCACGCCUUUAUCUUCUGGUUUGACGUUUCUUUCACUGCUUGUUCGAAGCCUCUCACUCUCACCACGAGUCCCAAGGCUCGGUGCACUCACUGGAAGCAGACAGUGCUUUACAUUGACGAGGUUUUAAACAUGGACGUGAACGAUCGGAUCAACGGCAUGAUCUCCGUUAAAAAGAACAAGAUUAAUUCUCGCGACGUUGACAUUAAAAUAAGCUAUCAGUUGAAUGGAACUGAUCCUAAUCAGCUUAAAUCUUACUAUUAUCGCAUCAGAUAG